AUGAAUGAAUUAUCAGCAGAAAUUCAAUUAUCAGAAGUUUUACAAUUAGAAGAAUGUGGUGUAGCUGCACCUGGUUCACCUGAUGCGACAAGUGUAGUUAGUAGUUUGAUUUCAGAUCAAGGUGAAAUCUUACCACCAUUUACUUUUAGAUUGGUAUUUAAAGAUGGAACAGAAGUCUUUUUUCAUGCGGAUGAUCUUGAUGGGUUUACAAAGUGGAAAAGAGUCUUGACUCAAUUGAUUGGCAAAGUUCAUGAGUUACCAGCUUGGGCUGCAGGCCCAAGUUCAGAAUCGACUAACUUAGCCCAUGGUAAUAGCGAUCAAGGCAGCACUAUCACUGAGUCUCAUUCGCGUCCAUCCUCAUCUGCUUGUACCAGGGUGUUGUCUACGUCCGACACAUGGUGUGCUCCUCCUUCGGCAUCAACAUCAAGACAAAUGAUGGCCUCAGAUUCUAGAGAUUCAAGAAUGACUCGACCUUCUUCUUCAAGACAUGCUCCUCAACCUUCAUCACAACAUCGACAUCAACCACAUCAACCCAAUGCAGGUCCUUCAUCUAGACCGAUUGCUUCUACUUCUAGUAUGACAGGAACUUCAUCUGCUAUCUCAUCUUCUUUCACUUCCUCAAAUGGACAACAACAUUGUCCUACUCCUGCAGUUGCCAUCAAAAGGUCCAUGAACCAAAUGGAUUUCUCAAAAUGA